UUGUCGGGUGUUGUGCGAAAUAACACAUAAUUCCAGUCGCGGAACGGUCCGUUGUUGUCCCUUGUUCCUCUGGGCAACAACAUCACCAAAAGGCAAGCAAUAGUCAGAGAGUGCUUUGCAGCAAUUGCUGCGUCAAAAUCAUCCAAAGGCCAAAAAGGCGUGACAAUCAAAAAAGUGUAGUGUUUCCUCAUAUUAUGUUGUGUAGCCGCUUGGGGAGUGUGUGCAGCCAAAGAGUGCAUCCGCAUUGACAGUGCUCUGUUCCGACGGAAGAGCGGAAAGCAACCGGAACCGUACUCGGUUCGCAUCGAUUUUAACUAAACACUGCAGCAACGGACCGACCAAGUGUGCUUGUGGGUGUGCGUACGCGUGGGUGUGCACUUUUCCUCGCCCAGUCUGACAGUGCAACUUGCGAGUCACAGAUCGAUAAAAAAGGAACGGACCAACCGGAUCGGUUGGUCAUCGGCUGCAGCUGGCAGGACACUCUCAGAGUCCACUGCAAUUUUCAACCCGUCAUCCCGGGGCCAGCUUGCUGAAAGAUGACAUCAUUCUUCAAUGUCGGUGCCCUCGGCGGCAAUCCGUUCUCGACGCCCGUCGGUCAAAAAAUUGAACAAGCGACGGACGCCAGUCUGGCUUCGGAAAACUGGGCACUGAACAUGGAAAUCUGUGAUAUGAUCAACGAGUCAUCGGAUGGUGCACGGGAUGCGAUGAAGGCAAUACGCAAGCGACUGGCACAGAACGCCGGCAAGAACUACACCGUUAUCAUGUACACGCUUACGGUGCUGGAAACGUGCGUCAAAAACUGCGGCAAAGCGUUCCACGUGGUGGUAGCGAACAAAGAGUUCAUUCAGGAGCUGGUCAAACUGAUCGGCCCAAAGAACGAUCCUCCUCCGAUCGUGCAGGAGAAGGUGCUCAGCCUCAUACAGAUCUGGGCCGAUGCGUUCCGCUCGCAGCCGGACUUGAACGGCGUGGUGCAGGUGUACCAGGAGUUGAAGAACAAGGGCAUCGAGUUCCCGCAAACCGAUCUCGAUGCGAUCGCACCGAUCUAUACUCCGCAAAGGAGUGUUCCCGACGGAGCUCCGGCACCGGAAACUGUCAACAAUCUGCCUGUUUCGCCACACCACCACCCAUCACAAACACCAGGAUCGCCAGCGAUGCCACCACCGUCGUCACUGUCUCAGGAUCAGAUCGCAAAGCUGCAAUCGGAGCUGGAUAUCGUGGCAAUGAACAUGUCGAUCUUGGGCGAAAUGUUAACCGAGCUAAAGCCGGGCCAGGAGGAUCCGGCCGACUACAAGCUGCUGGUGGAUCUUACGUCAACCUGUCGGGAAAUGCAAAGCCGUAUCGUCGAUCUCAUCGGCAAAGUACAGCACGACGAGCUGACGGCGGAGCUUUUGCGAUUAAACGACGAGCUGAACAAUCUGUUUCUGCGGCACGCACGGUACGAGAAGAACCGUGAUCCAAAGAACGCGGCGAGUGCCACACCGUCGGCCAUACUAGGUGCCGCGCUCGGUGCUGUACCACCCGGCAGCGAAAAGCGGGACUCAUCGCUGAUCGAUCUAAUGGGUGAUGAUGCGCUCGGUGCCAGCGGUGGUCAGCCAAAUGCUGCGGACAUCAUCAGCUCGCAGCUGGCCGGACUUAGUAUGGCCGCCGGAGGGGCGACGGCUUCGUCACAGUUGGCACAACUGACCAGCGUAUCGGCGCAGUCCGGAUCAAUCACUACACCAAAGUCCAGCAGCAAUUCACGCACCAACAUUCCGCCAGAUGUUGUAUCGGAUGAGUUCGAUAUGUUUGCCCAAUCAAGAAACACAACCGGAGAAAAAGAUGCCACCAAGCUUGAUCUUCUCGGGGCCACCGCAGGGAGCACUACCUUGGCCACAAAGGAACAGGCGGAGUUUGAUGAGAUGGAACAGUGGCUAGGAAAUCCGGACGAAAUUGACAGCCUCGAGGCACACAUGGCGGCAGCUGGUGCAACCGGUGGCAUGGGCACCGGGGCGGAAGAAAGUCUAACGAGUAAAGAGUUUGAAAAGUUCCUGGCGGAACGGGCAGCCGUGGCCGACAAUCUACCGACGAUCAGCCAGGCAGGUAGUGCGGGAGGCAACAACAACACCACCACCAGCAGUCCGGCGACCGCGAAGGAUCGUAAAAAGAAACCCGACGAAAGUGAUGGCCUAUUGGGGGGGCUGUGAAGCGCUGGCCAGUGGGAGAACCGGAUCCACACGGGUUCAAAACAUUGUUUGUGUAAUGUUUGUUUUAUUAUUGUAACCUUCGAGCGAUCGAGACCGAGAUAAUAUAUUUCUGAGAUAUUUUUCGUUGCGAUUAGCGCAAAGGAAUAACCGUGCUUGAAACGAGGACACGUUGUGCACGUAGCCAAAAGAAUGGGGACGGAUGGAAAAAAUUGUUGUUUCAAAGAAAAAACAUAUUAGAAAAUUGUAUCCUUUCUUUAGUCUAUCAAACAUCUAAUCUUGGUUCUUUUGCUAUGGUUUUCCUUAGUCCUGUUAUGUGAGCCAUAUAACUACAUAAACCUACAUUCUAAUACGGACAAAAAGCGAAAAAGAUAUCGGCGAUAUCGGCGGUGGACAAAAUGGAGAUGAUCAUAUAUUUAAUAGGGCGAUUGUUGUAUUUAUUAAAGCCAGCGCGUGAAAGCGAUCCGCGAAAGCGUUGGAAUAUUUGUGUUUGUGAUCAUUGUCAAAGUGCAGCAGAUGGGUCCCAAUUGGCAAUUUCCAAAACCUCAACGGUAUUCAAUCCUGUGUAUCGGAUCCACCUUUGGCACCUCUCUGUGAAUGCUUAAUCAAUUCGAGCGCUUUUCUUAUCACGCUUCCAUUUGGGCUCUCAAUAUGUUACCAAUUAGGUACGUUUGUUUUUCUCCUUGAGGCUUGAGCACGAUCACCGUCAUUAAGCAGGAAGAAAUGAUUACUUGCCGAUGAUAGCGCAUACUAAUUGUGUAUUGCAGCUUCUGUCUGGUGCGCGCACGGGGGUUGGCUUUAAAUCUUAGAGUGGACCAGUAGGAACACAAGACAAAAACAGGAUAAUUAGUUAUGUGCACGUUGUGUUUACGCUUUCAGUCAACAGACAGUGUGUGCAGCUUUUGCCAUGCUGCCAUGCUUGGCCAAGGACAGACACUUUGGUUUCAAAUGUGCACAGCGCAACAUAAAAGGCAGAUUGGCUAAACCAAGUAAAAUGGAGAUGAAAAAUUGCUUACCAUUUUUUAUGUACAUCGUAAGUUUAUGUAAAUUAGGACAAUGUGACACAUCUGAAUAAACAGACUCCCGCCACCCCGCCAUUUACCACGGGUGGACGCGUGAUGGUAAUUUGUUUUAAUGCGGCAAGUCGAGUGUGAAAUUAAAAACCGCGAGGCACUCUUUCUUCGUACGGUCUCACCGGAUAACGGAUCCAAAAUAUUAUAACAGACUAUCCUAUCAAUAAAAACAUGUAAACAUUUA